AUGUACUGGCCCAUAGCAACUCCGCGCAUCUAUGCUACGAGCAGCAGUCGCAACACAAGCCCCCAUCUCGUCAAGUCUCAUGAUGGACUGUCCUCCAUACCCGAAUCAGAGGCCGCUACCUCCUUGCCGCCCAGCGAUGCCGUCUCCAACUCCAGUUCCAAGCUAGCAGUGCCUGGCCCGUCCGAUACCCCGUCGCUGGCACCCAAAACACCCAAGACUCCGGCUGUGCAGUCUGUCGAGCAUGAUGAUGAUCCAACAGAUCCCUCACGCCAGAACAAUGCGGCUGAUACACCGGUCGGCCCGAUUCCCCUCAAAGAUCCUAUCCUCGCUCUCCGGGUCUCACGAACUGGUCAUCUGUUCGCUGUCAUAACCAAGACCGCAAUUACUGUAUGGCAGACAAAGCCAACCGUGGUUCUCGCUUCUGUUGUCCGAUCCGAGUCAUCUAUCCACCUCUACGGCGACAAUGUCAAUCUAUUCCUUCGACCAGACUCGGCAAUCCUCGUCGUGCACACAUCGAACGGUUAUCUCAUCACGUACUCUCUAGCCACCGAUGGCGAGUCUAGCGUUUACAAAUCAACCUUUCCCAACUAUCACAACAUCCAGCGCCGGAGGCAACAUCUUUCUCCCGGCCAGGCUGCCCUACCACCCGAUGAUUUUCUCUGGGGACCUGGCGAAGGCUCCGGGGUUCGGGACGUCAGCGUCCGUUUUCGAAUGGUGAUAAAGGUUGAUGCUGGGAUCGAAUGUGCCUUGGCAUUGGAUGACGAACUUGUCGUUGCGACCCGAAAACCGGCUGCAGUCCAAUGUAUUCGAUGGACCCCUGACGGCGAGGGCAAACAGACGAAGACGGAAUUGAUCAGCAAAAUGGACUGGACGGAAAAAAAGGCCACAAUAACUGAGAUGACCUAUGAUCGUCCGAUGAACCUCAUGACUUGGAUAACCAACGACGGACGAGCGUCUGCUGUUCAGCGCUACCAUCAUCGUCCAGAUAGUCGUGAUGCGAAAGAAGCCGACGCCAAGCGCCUCUUUAAGGGGCACUGUUUUCAUAUCCCAAAGUCUGCAUCGCAGUAUGCGACAAGAGCUGUUAUCAACGCGCGAUUCUCCCUGAUUGCUGUGGGCUGCCAAGACGGAUCCGUUCAGGUAUACUAUGUCCGCGACUAUGCUGGAAAUGUGACGCUCUCGCACACACACCAGAUCCCCGUAUCGUCCUCCGCCUCUGGUGCUUUCACCACACUGAGCUAUUCGCCAGAUGGGUAUUGUCUCUUUGCAGGCUUCGAGAAGGGAUGGUCAACCUGGUCCAUGUAUGGAAAGCUUGGCAGUAAUAGCUUCGGCUCGGAAGAGAUCAUUUCUAAGAUCAAUGGCGAAGAGUGGCUUCGCGGGCUCACCGAGGCGUCAUGGAUUGGAGGUGGGACUGAGAUCCUCAUGGUCGGACGACAGCAUGAGGCAGUUUGGUCACUGGAGAUGGCUAAGAGUGCGGUGACGGGCUGCUACAACGAGGCAAAUGUGCUCCGUAGCGUCCUCCAAACUCCUACGAGUGUAAUGGUCUAUCGGGGAUAUGAUCUCCCUGACCUCACAAGCAUCUCAGCAGAGCCUUUUCUCUGGCAUACCUCAAGAGUGCCGGCUUCAUAUCUAUUAAAACAGUGGCCGAUACGGCAAACCGUCAUCUCUCCGGAUGGCCGGUAUGUUGCAGUUGCAGGUCGCCGUGGACUGGCACACUACAGUGUCAACAGUGGGAGAUGGAAGACCUUUGAUAAUGAGGCGGCAGAGAAUGAGUUCCAGGUACGCGGUGGCAUGUGCUGGUACCAGCACGUGCUCAUCGCUGCAGUUGAAUGCAGCAACAAGUCCUUUGAACUUCGAUUGUUCUCGCGCGAGACCGCCUUGGAUAACGCACGGGUUCUUCAUAGGGAGGAACUUCCCGCACCUGUGGUGUUAGUGACCACUUCAGGCGACGAUUCACUUCUGGUAUACACCUACGAAAAUCUUCUAUAUCACUACAUUCUUGCGCCAUACAAUGGGUCCAUCCGUCCCAUCCAGGUUGGGCAGAUUGCUUUCCACGGCAUUAUAAGAUCGCCAGCACGCGUGCGAGCAUUAAGUUGGCUACUACCAGAUAGUCAGGUUAGUGAUGGCGACCCUUCGCAGGAUGUCGUCGUGGCCUCGGUGAUUUUUCUGGUCGAUGGCAAGCUGGUUUUAUUAUCACCCUCGCUCAAUGACGAGGGACAUUUAAAAUACGAUAUGCGAGUUAUUGCACAAAAUGUGGAAUACUACGCAACUAUGAGGGACCAACCUCUACUUAAUAUCACUAGGCAGGGCGAGGACAGCAUUCCGUCCCAAGGGCCUUUGGCAUUGAAAGACUCACUUUGGGUGUUUGAUGGCAUGGAGUUGAAGGCAUGGACUGACCUUGGCGAGGUCCUCGAGGCUGUAUCCGAUGGCAGCACGAGAGAACUGCCAAAUGCAGUGUCCAUCCCGGUUGACUUCUACCCGCUGUCUGUUCUUUUGGAGAAGGGAAUUGUUCUAGGUGUUGAGUCGGAUUUGGUUCAGCGGAGAGAUGUGUCAUUCUCCUUCUUCCACUUCGCAAUCAGGACUCAUCUUGUUCUACCUGAUAUCCUUCGCUUUUACCUUCGCCUCAACCGGACAGAGGAAGCGGCUGCUUUGGCACAGCAAUAUCGAUCCCUGGAGUAUUUCGCCCACGGAUUAGAAAUGCUGUUGCACCGUGUUCUGGAUGAGGAGGUAGAUACGUCACCAGAGCCAGCAGACGCUGUUCUGCCGCGCGUUCUUUCCCUUCUUUCCUCCUUCAAGGAGUAUCUCGAUGUUGUUUUGCAGUGCACCCGAAAGACGGAAGUCCGACAAUGGAAGACCCUGUUUGCUUAUCUCCCUCCCGCGCAGGAAUUAUUCGAGGAAUCCUUGCAGCGAGGUUCCCUAAAAACGGCAGGUGGCUACUUGAUCGUGUUGCAUACUCUGGAAGAGCUUGAGGCAGCGACUGAACAGUCGGUGCGGCUUUUGUCAAGGGCAAUGAACGAGGGUGAGUGGGACUUGUGCAAGGAGCUGGCCCGCUUCCUGGCGGCCAUGGAUGAGACUGGAGCAGUGCUCCAGGAAGUGAUGAGGAUGGUGAAUAUCACUGUCAAUGAUCCGCAGCAAAAUGCAGUUGCCAAUCGGCUGGCAAUCCCACCGCGCACUCGCACAAAUGGGACAAAGCAGGCCGUCUCCACAGACGAUGACAGUGUUGGUUCGGAUAGGCGUUCCGGUAGCGAUGUUGCGAGCAUCGAGUCCUUGGAUAGCCCGCAAGGUCUCGGGCUGAGAUUUGCAUAA